AUGCCUCUCACCGGACACUGCCUCUGCAAGGCCGUCACCUACAAGGUCGACGUCGAUGCCCCGCUCAUUACCGGCUAUGAUCACUGCGACGAUUGCCAACGCCAGACUGGUUCAACAUACUCCCUCGUCGCUGUUGUCCCCAAGGACAAGCUAACCAUCAACGGUCCCACCAAGAGCUGGGCUGGAAAGGGCUCCUCGGGCAAGGCCGUCCACCGCAUCUUCUGCUCCGAGUGUGGCUCCCCGAUCGCUCAUGAUCCCGAUGCGGCUCCCGAGAUUAUCGCUCUCAAGGCCGGCACCCUCGACACCGAGAUCAAGAAGAACCUGAAGCCUGAUACCGAGAUCUGGACCGUUGGCAAGCUGCCGUUCUGCCAGGAGAAGCUGGCCAAGCCUUUCGAGCACAUGCCUCAGUAA